GGGCGUUGCCAUGGCAGCGGCAGAGUGACGUGCGAGGCGGAAGCGGCGCGGGCCGCUAUGGGGGGCUCGGCCAGCCUGCUGCCGCGCGAGGCGCUGCGGGAGUAUCAGGAGCUGACGUUCCUGAGCAAGCAGGAGAUCCUGCUUGCCUACAAGAGGUUCAGUGCACUGCUGCCAAAGGAGGAGAGGGUGAACGUCUGCUCCGCACGCAUUCCCAAGAGCCAGAUCCUGACGCUGCCUGAGCUGCGGGCAAACCCCUUCCAGCACCGCAUCUGCCAUGUGUUCUCCACCUCAGAGGAUGGGGAUGACAGCAUGUCCUUUGAAGACUUCCUUGAUAUGCUGAGCGUCUUCAGUGACUCUGCUACCUCGGACAUCAAAUCCCACUAUGCCUUCCGCAUCUUUGACUUUGAUGACGAUGGGACUCUGGACAGAAAAGACCUGGAGAAACUGGUGAACUGUCUGACUGGGCAAGGCGAGGAGUCCCGGCUGAGCAACAUGGAGAUGGAGCAGCUCAUCCAAAAUAUCCUGGAGGAGUCCGACAUCGACAAGGAUGGCACCAUCAACCUCUCCGAGUUCCAGCACGUCAUCUCCCGCUCCCCAGACUUUGCCAGCUCCUUCAAGAUUAUCCUAUGAGAGCCCUGCGGCUCUGCGGCACAACCAUUCCUCUGGCUGCCACAGCUCUUCGUGCUUCCAGAACAUUUCCUCUUCUCACAAGCAGAGCGGCGGCGGCCGCGCUCCUCACCGUCCGCAGUGCCUUGGGCAGGGCACACUCCUGCUGCCCUGAAAGCAGGGCCCCAGGAAGCUGCUGUGCCUGCAGCCACUCUGCUCUGCCAGGAGCAGAUUUUAUCUCCCUAUGCAAACCAGGGGCAGCUCUGUGGACAGGGGGGAGGCACAUGGAGCUACUCCUGGCCCCUCUCUGCCCGCAGUACCAAUUCGUGCCUACCAUGAGCAGGCAGGGAGCUGCUGCCCAGCCAAGGCCCUGCCUGGCUCCCACAGCUUUCUGAGGACCUCCCUGCUGCAACGUGGAUUCUUUGAGCAAUAACCCAAAUGUGGAUCCAUUUCUCUGAACCAUAACCCAAACGUGGAUCCAUUUUUCUGAGCAAUAACCCAAACAUGGAUCCUUUCUCUGAGCAAUAACCCAAACAUGGAUCCUUUCUCUGAGCAAUAACCCAAAUGUGGAUCCUUUCUCUGAGCAAUAACCCAAAUGUGGAUCCUUCCUCUGUGCAAUAACCCCAUGGCACUGCAGCUGUGCCAUCCCAGCAGGAGCGCUGUCCCCCCAGGACACAGGACACCAUCCUGCCCUGGCCGGUGCGGCGCAGCGUCACUCAGGCUCUGCUCUCCUUCUCCUCUCUGUCCCCUCACUGGCUUGGGCUCAGCAGCAGCUCUGUCCCAGCCCCUUCCUCCCCCUGCUCCUGCAAGGACACAAAUAAAGGGCUCUGGUUUCACCCUCA